AUGACAGGCGAUGGUGGUGGUGGCGGCAGUUGUGUCAAUGGCGGUGAUGGCGGUGGCAGCGGUGGUGGUGGUGCUAGUGAUAGGUUAGUGGUGGUGGUGAUGGUGAUGGGUGUGGGUGUGGGUGUGGGCGGUGACGGUGACGGUAGCGAGUCGGCGGUGGUGGUGAUGACAGGCGAUGGUGGUGGCGGCGGCAAUUGUGUCCGUUGUGGUGAUGGCGGCGAUAGUGGUGGUGGUGGUGCUAGUGAUGGGUUAGUGGUGGUGCUGGUGCUGGUGAUGGUGAUGGUAGGUCGGUGA